UCCCUCUCUCUCUCUACUCUCCGUCUCUUGCUCUCUCCCUCCCUCCCUUUGCAUGUGUUCAGCUGCUCCAGCUGUCGGUCUCCCCACUCACUCUCUCAGGGUCAUACAGGCAGGAGUUUAAGGGACCACUUCUGUACGCCAGCUCAGCCGGGACGACUGCAGCCAGCAGAAGGACACGCUGGUCAGAGGGACACGCAGACACAGAAGACCCAUUUGAAAAGAUUCAUCUAUAUCACUUCUUGGCUGCUCUGUACAUCACAAAGUCUUCGGCCUCUCAUCUUUAAAGCAGCACUACCUGUCUGAUAGCUGUGUCUGUGUGUGUGUGUGUGUGUGUGUGUGUGUGCAUGUUUUGUGUGUGUUCCUGUCCCGUCUCCCACAAAUUAGUGCAUUAGUAUGCAGGGCGCUUGUGUGUCAAUCUUGUGCGUGUGCAUAUGUGUGUCUGUGCUCCUCCGCAGUGCUAUUUCACAGCCGCCUACAGAAAGUGACACCUACACGGAAUGCACAGAUGGGUAUCAUUGGGACCCUCAGACUGAGCACUGCAAAGACAUAAACGAGUGUGAGACCAUUCCAGAUGCCUGCAAAGGGGAAAUGAAGUGCUUCAACCACUAUGGAGGAUACCUGUGCCUUCCCCGCUCUGCGUCAGUCAUCCCAGCCCCAGAGCCCCCUAUCACGCCCGCUGUGACCAACCCCUGUCCUCCGGGAUACGAGCCGCAGGGAGACAGCUGUGUGGACAUCGAUGAGUGUGAGCGAGAUGAACAUGACUGCCAGCCCAGCCAGCAGUGUAUCAACGCACUGGGAGCCUACACCUGUCAGUGUCCGGAUGGUUACCGCAAGGUUGGCACAGAGUGUAUUGACAUCGAUGAGUGCAGGUACAGGUACUGCCAACAUCGCUGUGUCAAUGUUCCCGGUUCCUUCUCUUGUCAGUGUGAACCUGGUUUCCAGCUGGCAGGAAACAACCGGUCUUGCAUCGAUGUGAAUGAAUGUGACAUGGGUGCCCCCUGCUCUCAGAGGUGUUACAACACGUACGGCACCUUCCUGUGUCGCUGCGACCAGGGCUAUGAGCUGGGGCCUGAUGGCUUUGCUUGUAACGACAUUGAUGAGUGCAGCUACUCUAGUUACCUGUGCCAGUACCAGUGUGUCAACGAACCAGGGAAGUUCUCCUGUGUGUGCCCAGAAGGAUACCAGCUGCAAGGCACCAGACUAUGCCAGGAUAUAAAUGAAUGUGAAACAGGUGAACACCAGUGUACCGACACACAGACCUGUGUGAAUAUCCACGGACGAUACCAGUGUGUGGACGCAAACCGGUGCCAAGACCCUUAUGUACAAGUGUCUGACAACCGCUGUGUGUGUCCCGUCAACAAGCCCGUCUGUCGAGAUCUGCCUUUCUCUAUCGUACACCGCUACAUGAGCAUCACCUCCGAGCGCUCCGUCCCCUCCGACAUCUUCCAGAUUCAGGCCACCAGCGUCUCUCCAGGGGCUUACAACACCUUCCGCAUCCGCUCCGGUGACGAAAACGGAGACUUCUACAUCAGGCAAAUCAAUAAUAUCAGUGCCAUGCUGGUCCUGGCCCGCGCUGUGUCGGGGCCCAGAGAGUACACGUUGGACCUGGAGAUGGUGUCAGUUAACCCCCUGCUCAGCUACCAGGGCAGCUACCAAACCAGCUCCGCCCUCAGACUCUCCAUCUACGUUGGGCCGUACACCUUUUAAAGAAGGAGAGAGAGAGAGAGAGAGAGAGAGAGAGCUGGGGAAGAAACACAGAUGCAAAAAAGGAAAAUGAAGCUGUAAAACAAAAGUGGUCGAUGCAGUUCAACCAGUCACUGUGAUGUUACAAUCUUAGCAUUUCGUAAUUAGUCGUCCAAAGAAAGCCACACAUUUCUGUCAGCCCACCAUAUUACAUGUAGAAGAAUAUACAUACAGUAUACAUAUACAAUAGUGUCUCAGAUAAAUUACAGCCUUAAAAGAAUUAGUCCAGUCAGUUUAGUUCCCUUGUGUUUCUUAUCAUGUUUACUGUUAUUUUGUACUUAGUACCUAUCUGACAGCAUCAUUCUGUGGUCGAUGUCUAUAAAAAAAGGGAUUUUACUCUGAAGAUAUCUUUUCUUCACAUCUGUUCAGGGUGAUAACAAGUCUGUGUGGCAUAUUUUCUGUCUGCCUUCAGGUGCAAUGAUUCAUGCUCAGCGUCACUAGAUUAAUCUGUUUUCACCAGUUUACAUCCUUAUCUUCGGUUCUGCUCUGUUUGUCACUUUAUUCCUUCGGCCCUGUUUCCUGUUGACAGACGUGAUUCAGUAACCACUCAGAUCAGACCUCAGCAUCCACGCCCCUCCUUCACCCUCCACUGUCCAUUCCUAUGUUCAAGCUCUCCAUCACUGCUUUUUUAUUGGUUUGUCACAUUGCUGAUUUUGUUGUACUUUUUUUUUUGUCUAAGAUUUAAACCCAAAUAAAACAAUAUACCUUGAAAAA